UCCAUGACCUUGAGCAUUUACUACACUUCUCUCUCUGACAAAGAGAAGUGGAGAGUACAACAGGCUUGAUCAACUGAAUCUGUCACCACGGACUUAUCCUGAAAGGGUAUGGCAGUAUCCAUUUUUUUCAAGACCUUCCUUCUCUACCCAUAGAAUAUGUCAGAACGUCACGAUGGUCCUGCCAAACAACACAACAGUUUCUUCCUGGGUUUCAAAUGUGAGUUCCUUCUGGAAUCAAGACUUGCAAAGAGCAGAGCUUCUUGAUGGCGCUCCAUCAUACACUAGCAACUAUGGCCGCUCUAAUGAGAGCUUCUUAUUCACCACCAUGGAAGCCACCAACCAAACUGUUCCUGAUCCCCUGGGGGGAUAUGCUGUCUGGCAAGUUGUCUUAAUUGGCUUCUUCACCGGCAUUGCAUCUCUUGUGACCAUCAUAGGAAACAUUUUGGUGAUUGUGGCAUUUAAAGUCAACAAGCAGCUAAAAACUGUUAACAACUACUUCCUUCUCAGUCUUGCUUGUGCAGAUUUGAUUAUUGGUAUUAUUUCCAUGAAUCUUUUCACCACGUAUAUCAUCAUGGGUUACUGGACUUUGGGAAAUCUGGCCUGUGACCUGUGGCUCUGUAUCGACUAUGUUGCCAGCAAUGCCUCUGUCAUGAAUCUCUUGGUCAUAAGUUUUGACCGAUAUUUUUCCAUCACUAGACCGCUUACCUACAGAGCUAAACGAACAACCAGAAGGGCUGGAGUGAUGAUCGGAUUAGCUUGGGUCAUCUCAUUCAUCCUUUGGGCUCCUGCCAUUCUCUUCUGGCAGUAUUUUGUUGGGGAGCGAACUGUUCAGAAGGACAAAUGUUACAUCCAGUUCCUAAGUGAACCAAUCAUCACUUUCGGCACUGCCAUAGCUGCCUUUUAUCUGCCUGUCACCAUUAUGAGUAUUUUGUACUGGAGGAUAUACAAGGAGACAGAAAAGCGUACCAAAGAGCUAGCAGGACUCCAGGCCUCUGGCAGCGAAGCUGAGGCGGUGCGCUUUGUCAACCAAACAGGCAGCUCUAGAAGCUGCAGCAGCUAUGAGUUGCAGCAGCAGAACACAAAACGCUCCAACAGAAGAAAAUAUGGUGGUUGCCAUUUCUGGAUGACAUCAAAAAGCUGGAAACCAAGCCCAGAUCAGGUUGAGCAGGAGCACAGCAGCAGCGACAGUUGGAACAACAAUGAUGGUAAUGCUUCUCUUGAGAACUCUGCCUCUUCCGAUGAAGAAGAUAUUGCCUCAGAGACCAGAGCCAUCUAUUCCAUUGUACUGAAGCUUCCAGGACAUAGCACUAUCCUCAACUCCACAAAACUACCUUCAUCAGAAGACAUGCAUGAGUCUGAGGAUGAAUUAGAGAAGCGGGACACAGAGUCAAAAGAGAGGAAAUCUAAAAAGCUUCAUCCACAAAAGAGUAUGGAGGAUGGUGGAAGCUUACAGAAGAGUUUCCCUAAGCUUCCAGGUCAAUCAGGAUCAGCAGAACAGAUGGGAAAGGCUUCUGACGGCAUUUCAACAGGAACUAAGCCGCCAACUGCUCUGCCUUUGUCCUUCAAAGAAGCUACCUUGGCCAAGAAGUUUGCCUUGAAGACAAGAAGUCAGAUCACCAAGCGAAAACGAAUGUCACUCAUCAAAGAAAAGAAAGCUGCACAGACACUCAGUGCCAUUUUGUUUGCCUUCAUUAUAACCUGGACCCCAUACAAUAUUAUGGUCCUAGUAAAUACCUUUUGUGAUCACUGUAUUCCUACAGUUUUUUGGAACUUGGGGUACUGGCUUUGCUACAUCAACAGCACAGUGAACCCUAUGUGCUAUGCACUGUGUAAUAAAACAUUCAGAACCACUUUCAAGAUGUUGCUGCUGUGUCAGUGUGACAAACGGAAAAGGCGCAAACAACAGUACCAGCAAAGACAGUCAGUCAUUUUCCAUAAGCGGAUUCCCCGAGAAGCUUCAUAGAAUAGUAUUUUUUUAACAAUGGAAACAAAUAUUAAAAGGAUUUGAAGCAUAGGAGGGAGGGAGGUUACUGCAGCUGAUGACAAAUACUUCAUCUUCAAGGUGUGAAAAGAGCAGUCUGGUGUAUGUAUCCAACCUUUUAAUACUUUGUGUUUAAUGUAACUGUUGAAGCCACAUUAAGCAAAAACAAGCUGCAAAGGUUUUACUAUGGGACUAUUAGACAUCAGAAGGUUGACAUACAAAAGUCCAAGAAGCUGCAUAGAAAUUAUGAAAGCUGCUAGGGAUCCAAACAAUCCUCUAAGUGCAAAUCCACUCUGAGAUCUCAGGUGAGCACAUGUAGUCCCAAGAAAUCCAGUAGAUUCCAACUGAAAUUCUGUAUUGGGAUACGCUUACAAAACUAGUUGGGAUGCACUUAGCAAAACUAGUUGGGAUAUGUGUUCUACACACUGUAUAGGUUGCCCAAAACAUCUUGUCCCAACAAAGUUUCCUAUAUUUUUUUCUGUAUGGGAUAUGCUAGCAAUUUUUCUUGGUGCCCAGGUAAUUAACCAUUUAAUCAACGUGAAGCUUGUGGUUUAUUUACCAGGAAAGACAACACCUGUCUUUCUUGACAUGGAUUGAUUGUGGAAUGUGGGAAGCAUAAAGGGCCUUGCACAUUAUUUCCCAGGUCUUUAUGUAUUCUGAACUUAUGGUUUUGCCUUAAAGAGGUGAAACCCACACUAUAAAUAUGUUCCACAGUGAAGAUCAGAGAAAAAGGCAAAUACUAUUCCUAUGUUUUUGCAGUGGAACUUAACAACAUCCCCAUUUUUGAUACAUGCACGUAUCCUAAAGACAGGCUUGGUUCUUUCUCAACCAGAGAUGUCAGGCCACUGUGGCACAUAAGUGCCGUAAGAUAUUAGAAUCUGAUUAGAGUUUUAAUUCAGUUGAGAGCACAGAAUGCUGGGAAUUGCAAUAAACAUGAAAUGUGAUUGUCAGAGAUGGUCUCAUCCUGGUUCUCAGAUUUGGAUUGUAUAGGACAAUGUCAUGGAAUGAUGGUCAGUGUUGCCUUGGAACUCUCCAUGCCCUCUGGAAAUUGAGCAAUCUCUGUGCUGAUCAUGAGGUCUUAGCACUUUGAAAGGGUUUAAAAAGGGGAGUGGGAGGACACACUAACAGGGAGUCAUCUUUUGGUUUUGAUCCAAUGCACUUAUUCAAGGGGCAGGAGAGAAGAGAGCUUCUUGAAUGAGCCGGUUUUCUGCAGCUGGUGGUGUAAGGCAGCCUCCUAGGCAGACUGCGCCAGCAGAUUCUCAGGACCAGAUUAACUGUCUGCAUUUCUGUGCAUUUUGAAAGCAGUGUCAGAGAUUAGGGGAAGGGCAGUGAUUAGGUAUUUUUAACCAAACAAUCUGGGCACUUUUCCAAAUGCUUGUAAAAAUUAAAAAAACAACCUUUUUUUACUGUCAUUAGUGGACACCUUUGUGCAGAACAAUAUCAGUAGCUAAUGUUAGGCAGUCUGCUAUUUCCAGCAGCUAAGCAUUUCCUCAGAAAGAUAUCAAAAGGGCUUUAAUAUUUAUAGUUGAGACAAGAGCACUGAUUCCUGGUAUUUAUAAUACAGUCAGUCCCUGUGAUCCUGGGCACAACCCACCCCCUCGCUCGUCUUAUGCAAUCCCCAUUCAUUGCAGUGAUGUUUGCACAGGAGACACUCCAAGUGGAUUGUGCCUGUAUACGAUAUUUUAUAAAAGUCAGGACUUCCCUCAGGAAAGGACUGUACUUUAAAGCAUUGUUUCAGAUCAGAUUUAUUUACAGUUUGAAAAGUUUAUAUGCAUAUUAUGCUUUCAACAGACUAAGCUUUUUCAUAGGCUCCUCGACCCCCCCCCCCUUUUGACCUGACACUCAGAUUUAAUGAAAUAAAAUUGCAGUUUCCUUUCUGAAGUGGAUGUGGAGGGGGGAAUCAGUGUUGUGAACACAAAGAUGGUAUAAAAGCUGCUUUUGUAUUCAGUGUGAGAUGGUGUUUACAGAUGAUUUUGACAACAGUGGAAAUAUAUUAAAUGGUGUCUGUGUAUCUGAGCUAUUUAAUUUUGUGUUAUGUUUAUAUGAAGAAAUAUUUAUACAUAAAUGCCACCACAAUGUUUAAUUUAAAUGUUGAUAAAUAUUGCUCUUUGGUCUUCAACUGUAAUGUCCUUUAAAAACUAAUCAUAAAGGUGUUCUUGAGAAAUGAACUCAGGAUGCAGGUUGUAUUAGAGUAUAUUGAAAAGAGAGAUUGUAGGCAAGCCACCCGUUGUUCAUGCACUCUGCUAACUCAGCCUGGCCACAUUACUAAGAUGGCCUGGAGAAGAGGCCACAUCGGAACUCAGCAAGUCACAUAGUCAGGAUCAGCUGGGUAGGGAGGCUGAAAGGAAGACAGCUGUCAAGCACAACUGGGAAAUAAGCUAGGAUUGCCACAGCUUUCUACAGAAUCUCAGAGCCUUUAAAAGCUGAAUGGCAUGCAUAUGUUCCAUAGGCAAACUUUUUUGUCUUGAAAGAGAACCUGUUUAAAAGGAGGUUUUACCUACUGAAUUUCUGCCUGUGCCACCAUAAUCAAAGGCACAAGACUCCUUCUAGCAAAAAGAUGGGUAUUCUGAAGGCAGGUGCAGAAGUUCAGAAUUUUAUUUCAAAAGGCCAAAUGCUUAAAUCGCUGGAAUGACUUGGUUAGAGUGCUAGGAAUAAGGGAGCUAAUCACUCUUUGUGGCCAAUUACACACCACACAGAACAUUUUGAAGCUAAUAUAUAAAAUGUUUCCAGGUGGAAUUCCACACAGCUUUUUCCUCCAGAUGUUUGGAAGCCUCUUUUUUUACAUUUCCCUCAAAAUGUUUUAUUCCGAAAACUCUAAAUAGCAUUUCUCUUCCCUCCAACAUUUUCAAAAUGCACCCUCCAACAUUUUUCCCACCCAAUUUACUACAUUCCACAGGUCUUUUUCAUGUUGUGCGAAAUGGACAUCUCUCUCUCUCUCUCUCUCUCUCUCUCUCUCUCUCUCACUCACUCACUCACUCACUCUGUGCGUGUGUGUGUGUGUGUGUGUGUGUGUAGCUUAUCUACCAUUAUAGGGUUGUUGUAAGGAUGAAACAGAAAAAGGAAGGAUGACUGUCAAAUUGCAUUGCAAAGAACAUCUACACCCCAAACAAAUGGUAGAUAUGGUUGUGCUUUAUUUCCUUUGUACCAUUUUACCUUGCCAAAGACAUUUAGGAAGUCACUAUAUCAAAGGUUCUCAAAUUGUGAUCCUCACAGUGGUUAGCUACAUGUUGAAUGCAAACAUGUGGAAUAAAGCCACAAUGCCUUUUUUAAAAAGGACAGUCAAUGCAGCUUCAAAAAAGACUAAUUUGGAGCAAAGAAGCAGCAGCAGGGGUGGGGCAACACUAAUCCUUUCCUCAUCCAUCAUGUCCAUGAUCAAAAUAGCCUUCCAAGCUUAUGCAGUUCCGACUAUGUAUGACCAAAGAAAGAGACAUGGAUUUUGAUGUACAUGGAUCCAUGGCAUUGAUAUAGGGUCCCCACAAGACACAUCAUAAUUUAGCAGUUGGCCACUGGAAUUAUCAGUUUUUAACAAGUUGAUGGGUGCAAUGCUGUUGGUUGACAGGAGAAGCUGAAGUCCUUAGGCUCCUGGUCUUUAUAUGGGAGAGGAUGCUGUUGCCAAGCAAGUUUGUGCUUCUCCUUGCAAGCUCCUUAGGGAGGUCUGACUUGCACAUUGUGAGGCACAACUCCAAAGUGUUUUCGAAGAACUGAACGACACCUCAUUGCUUACAUUUACCUUAACUACCAUCUGUAUACACAGAUAUAUAUAUAUUUAUAGCAUAUAUUAUAUUUUGCUACUUAGUAUAAUGCAGUUUCUUUUCUCAAAUGUGAGGCAGAGAGAUUAGCAGAAAACAAACUGCCUCGCAUGCUAUUGAUUUCAUUAUGAGAGAGUGUUUUUUUAAAAAAAAAUGUCUGGCAUCCUUGUUGAAAACAACUGUCACCACUAUAGCUACAAGAUCAAGCAUGCAGGAAUUGGCCAUUUGAUGUGAUGUGUGAAGAUGCUUGCAAAUGUCAUUUAUAAUUUUAGUGGGACUCUAAUAUUCAAAGGUUACUUGAUGGCACAGUUCAAUUCUGUAGGAAUUUGUUCUUUUAUGGGUAUGUGUGCAUAUUUGAAGCAGUGACCCCAGGCCCAAGUAGGUACUGACAGGUUCAGUUAAAACAUCACAGUCUCAGCAGAAGGAACCUCCUGUGCAGAAUGGCCUCAUACGGCUCCAGGAUAGCCUUACCAACAGAAUUUGGCUCAGAACAUAGGAGCUUCUCUAACAAACUUAUGAGUGUGCUAAAACAUCUUGGGAAAUUGUUGUGAGCAAAGGAUGAAUGAAUGGACAAACUUUUGUCGUUCCUUAUAGUUCCUUUCCCUUGCACUCUAUUAACUAUUAGUAGCCGUGACUGUGCUGGUAAAAUUGUAACAGUUACCAAAAGGUGUUCAUUCAAAAUCUAAUUGAAUUUUGAAUGACAGCCCUUCUGACCAGGCAAGAGCCCAAAGAAAUGUCAUGUGCUGUCUGGUGGUGUCACCGUGAAUCAGGACGUGAAAAGACACAUGUAUACAAUCACGCAAAUUAAUGUCUACUUUGGGGAGCUGGGAGGAACUUUGUAUAUGUGUUCAUGUAGCAACUGCUGUAUAACAGAAGGCAAUGAAGAAGUAGCAGUGCUAUACUAACUGAAGGCUCAUUCUGUAAACUGAAGUGACACUGGCAAGAUCUUUUAUCGAUCAUCCUUUAAACAUUUUUUGUCAAAGAUUCUUUUAAAGGUAUUCUGAGGCAGAAGCUAUCUGAGAAUGGUACUGCCUUCUGUUCCCAAAGCAGCAUGGGCAUUUGUAAUGAAUGAAACAGGAUCACAGAACCAUAGGGGGAGGUCAGCUCACAUCUCUUAUCAAGGUGUUCCUUACAAAUUUGCCCAAGAUCAAUGGUGUACCACUAAUGGGAACACUGGGUAUCCCAUUCUCCAGGUGCACGCCACCGAGCCCCACCCUCCCUUCUGGCCUCCCAGCAGGCUGGCUCCUGCAGAAGCCAGGGGUGGGGUUCAGGGCAGGGGACAGGGCUUGGGCCACCUGCUGUGGCGCCCCGCCCUCCUGGCAAGCCAGCCUGGAGAGGGCAAAAGCCAACCUGGCAAGGGCAGAGGCCAAGCUGCAGAAAAGCGGGGGUCAGGGCUUGGGGCAGGCAGUCGUGGCGCCUGGCUGGACUGCUCACUGCAGGACCCCACCCUUGCAGCCUCCCAGCAGACUGGCUCCUGCCCUCCAGAAGACAGAAGCCACCCUGCAGGGAGGUUGGGGUGCCGCAGCAGGUGCCCCCCUAAGCCCCACCCUCCCUGGGCCUCCUGCUGGCUCCUGUAAGUGCGACACCGGGGGGCGUGGGGAGCCAGGUGAGGUGGCUCGGGGAGGCAGUCAUGCCCCUGUGCACCAUUUAGGCCCAGUAUGCUACUGCUCAAGAUUAAUGUGAGGGUGGGGCUAACAGACCUUACUUUCCAGUAAUGAGGGGCUGGAGCACCUUCCCUAUGAGGCUGCAGCAUUUGGGACUCUCUAGUUUGGAGAGGAGACGUCUGAGGGGGGAUAUGAUUGAAGUCUAUAAAUUUAUGCAUGGCGUAGAAAAGGUCAACAGAGAGAAAAUUUUCUCUCUCACAAUACUACAA